AUGGAUUUCAUUCUCUCCCUGACACACUUCUGCGAAGUGCAUGGCCCGACCUCCAUUCUCUGCUCCCAGAUACUGCCCACCCCCUGUCAGCAGUGUUCCCCGGACUCGCCCGUCUCCUCGCCAGACGGAUCGCCUUCUUCACCCUCGUCUUCAUCGUCUAUCCACGUACGAGACGCCCGUCAUGCUCCGGUCACGGCCACUGCGGCGCCAGACCUCAGUUCUUCCCCCUCGUCAGUCCGCUGCGUCACCACAUCCGCCAUCGAGCCCCUCGCCACCCCGCCUGCUUCGGCCCCUGUGACUGCACCGCGCAUAGAAGACCAUCCUUGGUUUGCCAGCGAGAAGAAUCUCAAGGCUGCAGGAGGAGUGUCUGGUGUAACUGGACCCGAGAAAAAGUCGGCGGCUCGGCUUGGUGGUGGUGGUGGUGCGGACGGAGAUACUUGCGCCAGCUGUAGACUCAAGCUGCCCGAGGAUGUCAGUAGACAGCUUCCCCUGGACGCCAAUGGCUCACGCGAGGACCACGGAUACCACAGCAGCCCUGUUCUACGCUCGAGGGAGGUCGUCUAUGCCUGUCGAGGCAGCCAUGCAGAUCACCACUACGACCAGGACGACGAUUAUACCUGCUCUUCCACCCCGGUCUCUUCGUCCUCGCAUCACCACAACAGCAGCAGCAACGGCAACGGCAACAAUUAUUAUUCACCUGCAUCAGUACACUCGUCUUAUUCUUCGGAUUCCUCCUGUCACACCCACGUAGUCACCUAUUUGUCCAUGCGCGGACCUGCCAACCCAGAUGACUACUCCCUCCUCCGCCGCGCCUCCAUCCGCACCCUCUCCUGCGAACUGCUGCCCCGCGGCCUCUCCUCUGGCCCUCUAUCCUUUGGUGAUUCGUCUGCCGGAUACACGGUUGCCUACGUCUUCCGUCUGCCUGACCCCAUGGCACGCGGAAAGCGUCGAAGUUACGCCCUAGUCGCUCUCGCAGGCAAAGAUGCUGGCCGCACCUUCAAAGCUAGCCCACUCAUCUGGCGUACGUUUGCCCGUAUCGCAAACAACAUCGUCAGCGCGGCAGAGAAGUUCCAGGAGGGUGAAAAGGUUCGUGAACAUGGCUACCCUGCUGUGCCUACAACCGCAUCAACACAUGCUCCUUCUGGACGCAAUUACACGCCUAUAUCAUCCUUCUUGACUGGAAGAGCCCUCGACCCAGACGGCCACCCCAGAAGAGUAGGUCAGGUUCGCGCCCGCAACCUGAUCGAGAUCGUGGGGAACGAAUACAUCUUUGCUGAACUACAUGCUCAAUUCGUUGCCUUGCUACAGCAGCUCAGCGCCAUGUUCAUUUCUCCCUCCGACAGCCACCAUGCAGACAUGUACGAUGAUUACACCGGUCGGUCGUCUUCAGACCGAUUGAGAGGCACCGGCAGCACCGGAAGUGAUCGCAGCAGCAUCGACCACGACCGCUCCGCCACCGCCAUCGGAGCUGCAUCCUUCGCAAAGCAGUUCUCGCAGCUACAGAUGUCUACAUCGGUACCAAAGCCAAUUCCCAUCUCUCGACGAAGGAAGAUGGUUGCGUAG